GGCGAGGGGAUGACGCUGAGCGAGAAGCUGGAGACGCAGGGAGUUGGGGGCGCUCCCGACGCUUCUGUUACCCUCUUGCCCUGCCCGGCGCUGCGGGAGCAGCAGGGCGCCCAGGCGGCGGCUGGGGAGCCGAGGCAAGAGAACCGAGAGGGGUGUCCCGGCGGCCAGUCCGCUCUGCUGAUGGCGGGUCCCCCGGAGGAGCAGGAAGGGCAGCAGGGGGCCGAGGCCCCUGAGGGCGGCUGGGGCUGGGUGGUGAUGCUGGCCGCCAUGUGGUGCAACGGUGCGGUGUUCGGCAUCCAGAACUCGUGCGGCGUCCUCUUCGUCUCCAUGCUGAGAGAGUUCGGCUCGCAGGACGACAAGCAGCUGGUGUUCAAGACAGCCUGGGUGAGUUCCCUGUCCAUGGGAAUGAUUUUCUUCUGCUCUCCCUUAGUCAGUGUAUUCACAGACAUAUUUGGUUGUCGAAUAAUAGCCAUUGUUGGAGCUGCAGUGGGGUUUGUUGGACUUCUUUUAAGCUCUUUUGUAAGCACCAUUGAACCUCUGUAUUUCACCUAUGGAAUCUUAUUUGCCUGUGGUUGUUCAUUUGCAUACCAGCCAUCCUUGGUCAUUCUGGGGCACUAUUUCAAGAAGCGCCUUGGACUAGUGAAUGGCAUCGUCACUGCCGGCAGCAGCUUGUUCACUGUGUCACUGCCUUUCCUUUUAAGAGUGUUGAUUGAUUCAGUUGGCCUGUACAACACUUUAAGGGUCCUGUGCAUCCUUAUGUUUGUUCUUUUCCUGGCUGGCUUCACUUACAAACCCCUCAUUUCCAGUGCAAGUGACAAAGAGGGUGGAAAGAAGGGCAUGUUGAGAUUUCCUCCUGCAAAGAAGAUUUUCAGUUUCUCCAUUUUCAAGGUUACGGGUUAUCGAAUCUGGGCUUUUGGAAUCCCUGCUGCACUUUUUGGAUACUUUGUGCCUUAUGUUCACUUGAUGAAACAUGUAAAAGAGAGGCUUGGUGAAAAUGUACAAGAAGAGGUGCUUCUGCUGUGUCUUGGUAUCACUUCAGGAGUCGGCCGAUUGAUCUUCGGCAGAGUUGCAGACUAUAUUCCUGGUGCAAAAAAAGUUUAUUUACAGGUGAUAUCAUUCUUCUUAAUUGGCCUGAUGUCCAUGAUGAUUCCACUGUGCAAUUCCUUGGGAAGUCUCAUUGCUGUCUGCCUCUUCAUGGGUCUGUUUGAUGGCUGCUUCAUUUGUAUCAUGGCUCCUAUUGCCUUUGAGCUAGUUGGUGCACAGGAUGUCUCCCAGGCCAUAGGAUUCCUGUUAGGACUCAUGUCAGUACCUAUGAUAGUUGGUCCACCCAUUGCAGGUAUACUGCGUGACUACCUAGGUACCUAUGAUGUAGCAUUUUACCUGGCUGGAGUUCCCCCCAUGAUUGGAGGAAUUAUAUUAUCUUUCAUCCCAUGGGUUCACGAAAAGAAGAAGCAAAAAGAGAAAGAAAAAGCUGUUGAUGAAGAAACAACUAAGAAAAUGCUGGAAAAUGAAAGCACUUCAGUCUCCGGCACAGCAGAAAAGCCCAGUAAAGAAUCUGAAUCUGUUAUUUGAUGCUGUAUCUUUCCACUGGACUAAAUUAAUUUUUACAGGAGCUAGAUAAGAAUUCUGGCUUUGAGUUGAAAAUAGCAUAUUAUUUUUAAUGGAAUGUGUGCUCAGAUUGCAGAACAAAACUGCUAAGCGCUAAGAAUCUUUUGUACCACUGAGUAGCUUUCUUAGGAGUCUCUGAGUCUAGUUUCAAUCCAUAUUUUUAUGGCAUUUGAGGUUUUAUAGUAUCAGUGUGCAUCUGCUAGUGAUUCUGCGUUUAAGGAGAUUAUUGUUCUAAUCUAUCAGAGCAUGCUUCUGGAAGUGUGAAAGCUGUUUAGUUUGAUUCAUUGGCCCUUCCAGGAUGGCUUCAAUAAUUUUAGUCCAUCAAGUAGAGGCAAAUUCUUGUGUUGUUUUCCUGGAAUUUCUAGUACCUCUUAUGACUGACUUUUGUUUUAAUUUCUUAUGCCAUUUUAACACUUUUUUUAAAAUUCUAUAUUAUGAUAAUGAAUAGUCAUCUUUUUUUGAUCCUCUAAACUCUAAUCCUUGCUGAAAUUAUCUUGCUUUGGGAGCUAAAUUAUUUAACAGAUCCUCAGUUUUACUUUCUCUUAAUACUCCAACAUGUUCCAUUUGCUUAAACCUACUCUGGAUCACUUUUACCUUUAUUUCUCAGUAGCCUGAACAUAGAACAUUUUAGGAUAAGUUUGUGAUAAUAAAUAUAUGAAACACUCAAAAAGUGAAGGGUAUGAACUCACACAAGCAAAUAAAUUCAGAAUUAAGGCUGUUAAACCAUUAUUAAGUCAUCCUUUGUCCCCAGUGCUACAGUGAAUCUAGUUCUUUUUCAGGUAAACGUCAGAAUAGCUUAGACUUAAAACCAUACAAAGUGCAAUACUUGGGUACAAGACCAUGAGAUAGACAAAGCCCGAAUUCUGAAUUUCUGCGGUUUUUUUCAGGAUUUGACUCUUCAAAAAACAACAAAAAGACAUCUUUAAGGGAUACAUUUUAAGUGUGCAAUACGAUCAAUUGUUCAUACCAAUAAAUGGAAAUAUAUUGUACAUAAGAGCUAUUAAAGCAACAUUAAACAAAUUGGGAAGAGAUUUUGCACUAAGUGAAUAUGCAGCUUUAUUAUGGGCCUUUAAAAUUUUGCACAUGUGAUCCAACUUCAUCUUUUCAAGAAAUUGUAGAGAAACUGUUUGCAUGCACGAUUACUUAUCCUUAACAUAUCUCUUAUUACUUGUGUACUCGUAGGUAUUAUAUAUAGUUUGUCAAACCCAUACUUCUGAAACAUCUAUUUUUCAGAAAAUUAUUUUAAAAAAAUAUAAACAAAACAGAGUGCUUUUCAGUUUAUCAUGAUUACGCUUGCAAAUAUAUUGUCUCUGGAUUUGCAUUGACAAUGCAAUGGAACACUUAAAUAGAUAUUCAUUACCCAGGCACACUCAUCACCAUCUAUUUUAGUUUUCCUGUGUUAGGUGUGUCUUAACAAACAAGCUAUUAAGUGUUAUCUGUUGAAAAUGUUACAAAAAAAUUCCAUUGAAAGUAAUUACAUAAGCAUCCUAAUUAUUAAGAGCCAGAUUCUGUAACCCUUAUUCACAAUUGCUUAGUAUUAUUGAUUCAUUUCAGUUUCUACUCAACAUGAGCAAGGCUGUCAGAAUCUGGCAUUAAAAUGAGAAAUGGUAAAAUGAUAUUUAUACCCUUGGGAAAGAUUUUCAGAAAUGCCUAAGAAAUUUAAGACUCUAAAUGGGACUUGGGCUCCUAAAUCUCUCACGUACUUCUGAAAAUCUCCUUUCAUUGUAAGUAAUGUUGCUAGUUCAAAUUCCCACGAUUCUUUCAUUACAGAAAUUACAUUAGCAAUCACAUUAUUCUUGUUCUUGUGUUUCCUUCCAGGCAAUAUCAUUCAAUAUUGCAUAUUUUCAUUACAGUGCACACUGAUAAUGCAUAGAAACCUACGUGGAAACCAUUGUAUUCAUUUCAGUUGACUUUGAAAUGAAAAAUUAAUAUUUAUCACAGUGCUGACCGUUUCAAAAAUUGACACAAAAGUGGGGUAAUGGUAAAUAAUGCUAAAGAGUGAUCCAAAUCACUCUGCAAAGUGGGCUCAUUUGAAAAACGUGUUUUAAUACAAGCAAACGCAAGGUCAUACAUCUAGAAACAAAGAAUGUGUGUCACUAUUACAGGAUGAGAUGACUGCAUUUUGGAAAGUAAUUACUCUGAAAAGGACUUGAGAGUUGUGAUGAACUGAAUGUGAGACGUGGUGACUAAGAGCUAAAAUCGUCUUGGAAUAUAUAAAUGGGAAUAUUGAGUAAAAAUAGAGAGGUGGCAUUAGUUAUGUGGAUAGCAUUAGAUUGAUCAUUGUUGGUAUACUGAAUCCAGUUCUGGUAUUCACAUUUUAAAAAGAAUGUUGAAAAAUGGGAAAAGCUACCUAGAUAGGCAUGAAAUCAAUUUCUUUUGAAAGCUUAUCCAACCUCUGGCAAGAUAAACAAUAGCAAUCUUCUCCCUUUCACAUGUAUUCACUGUUGUACAUGAUCUGGGCAUACGGAUUUUGAAAUUCCCAACUGAGAUUCUGGAUAUCAGACAGCCGAUGCAUUCAGUACUUGAAUGUUGUAGCUUUGGCUUAUAGAAAUCGGUUUGCUCAUUAGGCACUCAGAUACUACAAUGAUAGGCAUGGUAUAAGAAUCUAAUUGUAAUAGAUUUAUGGCUUUGGUUCCAGAAUCAAACAAAGGAUGUAUGCAAUGGAAUGUAGAAGAACAUUUUCAAACGCAAUUUUUUGUCUGAACACCCAGUAGAUGAGGAAAUUUAAUUUAGAUCCUUAUUUUUUAAUAAUGAUAUAAGUAUAGCACCAUUAUAAUUCCACAUAGUGUUUUUAUUAGGUAAUCUUUGCUGACAUUUUCAAUAUGCCUUUUAUUCUUAUAUACGAAAGGUGUCAAAACAUUUUUAAGAAUUUCAGAAUUGUGCAUAGUAAUCUUAGACUGGCUAUAUUUUAUACUACUGUGCAUGCUAAUAUUGAAGACACUAACAAGUGGUUGAAUGUCUUUGUAAACAUUGUAUUUUGUGUAUCAUUUUGACACCAAUUAACAUUCAUAUUGCUAGCAUUAACUCCAUGCUUUCUAAAUCUGAUUAGUUAGAAACAUAAGGAUUGAAUGUCUCUUGUUAUUCAUGGUGCUAAAAUAAUUGUAAUCCAAAUCUCAAUUACUCAGAAUAAAGUAGAGUAACUGUAGUUCAUAAGUGGCCCUAUUUAGUAUCAUGGGUAUCCUUGUAGAUCACCUUAUGUUUUCAUAUGAUAUACCCCUGUCUCAUAUGUUUGCAUUUGUGAAUAGAAAAAAACCUUAUUGCUUAAUUACCUAUUUACAGUAGUAUUCUGAUUAGAUAUGCUCCAUUUAACUUGGAUUUAUAUUUAAUUUUAAAUUAAUAGAUGGUGCAGCCUCUGACUCACUUUAAUCCCACUGGGUAAAUUUUAAAAUCACCUGAAUGGUUUAGGAGCCUAAGUCAUUAACUUUCAUUUAGGCACUUUUUUUUUUUUUUUUUUUUUUUACCCACUAUCAAUAUUUUCCCUCCUAUGAUUUAAUAGGGUUUUACAAAACAUACCAGUUAUAUGAUGGGAAGGUUGUAUAUAAAAAAGAGACAAGUAAAAUUAGACUACGGGAGACACUGUUGUAAACUAGCAAAUUAUGAUGGAAUAACCUUCCCUAACAUUUUUAGGAUUUCUGCACAUUUUGAUGCAUAAAGUAAAGCUGCUGAUAAACUGUCAAAGUACUGUUUAUCACCCAACCAGUACUUUAAUCGUGGCUGGCUUUGGCAGUACAAAAGAGAAAGUAUUUCCUCAUGAAUAACUUUUAAUAAAUCAUAGAAAUUAAUUUAGACUUUUCCUCAGUAUUAGGGAUAUAAAUUUUCCCCUUAACAAACACGGCUCUUGAAGGUAAUAAAAGGAAAAACCAAUUCUGCAUUCAUGCUGGCGUUGUCACCUGGACUGAAGGAAUCUUUCUAUUCUCCCAGCCUGAUAGCAACCUAGUCUCCAAGUGUAAAAUUUUCAAAAGUUCAAUGGGACAUAGGCUCCUAAAUCACUAGGCACGUUUUUGAAAUUUUUACUGUUUUCUUUUAAAACUCCCAGGCAGUGAGACAUUAAUCAAAGCAGCACUCUCCACUCACAUGUACCAGGUGAAGUGGGAUUAUCACCAUUGAUGCACCAAGAGCUGACACUAGGUAUCACUGGCAUUGCCAGAUCCUCUCUAUUUCCAAUUAGGGGAAGACAAAUUAACUGGACCCUUUCCCCCUACCCCCCACGUCAAUCACACUGAUAGGGUUGGUGGAAGAUUAAAAUGAACUAAUGAGAACUACCAUCACAUGGGAUGAGAAAUGCCCCUUAACGGCAUUCAGUAGCAGUACAGACAAGGUAUUGUGAAUAUAACAAUUCCAUGUCUUUGUCCCAGUUAUUGUCCAUAAUCUAAGCUUUUAUUUUAAAAAAUUGUUUCUACUUCUUCUGCUUACAAAGAGAACACUGUAGAUGUGAACUGAGUGUAAACCAAAGUAGUAUUGUCUUCCUGACUCUGCAGAUGACCUGAAACAAUAAUUCUAAGCAAUGUGUACUGCCCCAUGUAUCUCAGUGAUUUUGAAGCCUAUUACCAUUUCAGUGUCAGCAUUUCCUCCAUUUCACUGAAAUAUCUAGCUAAUUUUCUUAUACACAAUCCUGAACUACAUGAUGCCAAAAGCCCCAACUAUUCCAUACCCAGAUGCCAAAUCUCCAUCUUCUGCCUUUCAGUUUCUAAGACGCAGCUUAUACAUUAUGAAUACAAAAAUCUCUAGCAUACUGAAAAACGAUAGUGUGGGGACAAUGUACAUUUUAAUAUAAAAAUAAUUAGCAGGGGAUACUCUUCUGAUCAUGAUAAUCAUCAUAUUUAAUUUAUUUUAACAUCUCCAUUUUUAAUUUAAAUGAAGGUGCUGCAGAAUUUCCAGUCUGCAGCAGAGUCCAAACACUUUGCUGUUAAGUAGAUUUUAUUCUGUUUGCUUGGUUUUGUUUCAUUCCUUUUCAGAGAAAAGCCUCAAACCUUUUGAUACCAAAGAUACUUCUCCAUUUUUGGGGAGGGGUCUGGAGAAGAGAGUCUUUUCUUUUUGACACAUUGGAGAAUUUCAGAUGCUCAUGUCCCAUGCUACAAGCCUGUGGAUUGGCAGUGACUGUGAGUACCAGAAGUGUGAGCAUCAUGAACAUGAAUUGUCCUGAGGCUCUUCAGUAGUGCAUUAAUCAUGAAUUUGAAUAAUUCCUGUGUAAGUAACCAUUGGUAGAAGCUGAUGCUUUUUGGUACAAUAUAGUGCAAACUACAAAUUGUGAUGCAUGUUUCUGAAACUUUGACCAGACUUCCUCAUGUCUGUGUUUUGAAACUUGAAUUGAAAUAUCCUUUAAGCUAAAUCCCAGCCACUAAACAUUGCACAUCCAUAUGCUUUGGCUUAAUGCUAUACAUUCAGCCUAUCCCUCCUAAUGCACAGAUUUAUGGUAAACUCCGGAAUAGUCCCUGUCCAAUAUUUUUACAUUAUAAACCAGUUACAUAAAGAAAGAACUUUUAGAAGUUUAUUUAGCUUUGUAUUGAACCAAAGAUCUGUAAAUAUGAAAGAUAUCUUAUUUUAAAUAGCUUAUGCAAUUUCAACUCAUGUAUAUUUAUAAAAAAUAUUUAAAUCUAUUUUUCAAUAUUGUUGUGGGCAGUACUGCUUUCAGUAGUUAUGUAUGACAUUGCUUGAUGACAACUGCUAAACUUAAACAAAUGCAAAACAAAUUUCACUCUUAGUACAAUAU